AUGGCCAACCAACAACGCCCCAAAUCCCUGCUCUUCAAGAGCCUCCUCAAGUCGCAGCUCCUCGGACAAGCCCAGUACGUUGCCAGAAGCCUGAGCAACGCUAAGUCCAUGGUCAUGCAGUUCGUAAACAAGAAGAAAACCGAGCAGAAGUUGAAGAAGAAGCUCAAUCGGCACUCCUCUGCUGUAACAUACAGAUUCACUGAAAGGGAGGAGUACGAGAUGACUGAAAGUGAGAAUAAUUCAGAGGAGGAAGACGACUCUGAAAGGGACGAGGAGGAGGAGCGCGAGAUCGACUGGCUCGCGGAGAAGUUCAUUGCGAGCUGCCACGAGAAGUUUAGGCUGGAGAAGCAGGAGUCCUUCCGCAGGUACCAGGAGAUGCUAGCUAGAAGCAUAUGAGAGUGGAUUGUUAUGAACAGUUUGUGUAUCUGUA